ACUGUCGCAGCUGCAAAAUACACUGAAGAUGAUAGCGACAUCGACCUUGCAGCGCUGAGUGAAGAAGAUUUUGAGCUUGAGUCAGAUGCAGAACCUGCUGCAGAGAAGGAGCUUUCGGACAACAAGCACGCUCCAAUGGAGGUCUCUUCCAAGAAGCCCGUCUCUCGAGCACGAGAAGCUGUCGAGACAUUUAAAUGCGAAAGGCGUGAUCCUCGAUUUGACCAAAAAGGGGCCACCACCAACGCACCUGAGGAGACUGCGCUUCGUCACAAGUACGCCUUUCUGGCCGACUACCGUCAAGAUGAGAUGAGAAUAUUGCAAGCGUCGAUCAAAAAGGAAAAGGAUGUGUCAGCGAAAGCAAAGCUUGAGAAGACGCUCUCAUCGAUGCAGUCCAAGCUGCAAGCAGUGCAGGAGCAUGAUCGUCGACAAAAGGCGGUAUCGAAGCACAACGCUCAGCAAAGAGAAGCAGCGAAAGCCGGCAAGACGCCGUAUUACCUAAAGGAGGCCGAUAAACAAGCUCUUUACCUCAAGGACAAGUUUGAGAAUAUGAAGGAUUCGGCCUCGCUGUCUACAUAUCUGCAGAAAAAGCGCAAGAGAAGGAGUCAGAAAGACCGUCGUCAACUG